UUUUGUUCCUUUUUCCAUCCAGCUCCUCAGAUGUCUCCGCUAUGGUGACGCAUCUCAUCAUUAGACGAUCUUUGGUGUCCUUUUUCUGUCGCUGACUGAAAAUAGAUCCAGCUGGGUUUUUCGGCUCGGCUCGGCUCGGCUCGGUUCCGUCCGUUCUGUUCUGUUCCUCCGGUUUCAGCCCAGAGUACCGGACAGGAUCUAGCUGAAGGAUUCACCUCCGUGUUCCGGGACUCUGGUUUUGGUCCAAACUAAACCAGCAGGUUUUAAAUCGUGGUUUUGUCUGCGGAGGAAGGAUGUCUGUCGCGGGCUUGAAGAAGCAGUUCCAUAAAGCCACCCAGAAAGUCAGUGAGAAGGUCGGAGGAGCAGAAGGAACCAAACUCGACGAUGACUUCAAAGAAAUGGAGAAGAAGGUGGACAUCACCAGCAGAGCAGUUCUGGACAUCAUGACCAAAACCACAGAGUACCUUCAGCCCAACCCAGCGUCCAGAGCCAAGCUGAGUAUGAUCAACACCAUGUCUAAGAUCCGCGGGCAGGAAAAGGGACCCGGCUACCCCCAGGCCGAGACCAUUCUGGGCGAGGCUAUGUUGAAGUUUGGACGAGAGCUGGGAGAGGAGUCCUGCUUCGGACUGGCUCUGAUGGAUGCCGGCGAGUCGAUGAAGGAGCUUGGGGAGGUGAAAGAUGCUCUGGACAUGGAGGUCAAGCAGAACUUCAUCGACCCUCUGCAGAACCUCCACGACAAAGACCUGAAGGAGAUUCAGCAUCAUUUGAAGAAGAUGGAAGGCCGCCGUUUGGACUUCGACUACAAGAAGAAGAGGCAGGGGAAGGUCCAGGAYGACGAGAUCAAGCAGGCGCUGGAGAAGUUUGACGAGAGCAARGAGAUCGCAGAGCAGAGCAUGUUCAACCUGCUGGAGAGCGACAUAGAACAGGUGAGCCAGCUGGCAGCGUUGGUCCAGGCCCAGCUGGAGUACCACAGCCGUUCCUCCGAAAUCCUCCAACAGCUCUCCAGCAAGAUGGAGGACAGGAUAAAAGAAGUGUCGAGUAAACCCAGGAAAGAGUACACUCCCAAACCCAGAAUGACCCUGGAACUUCUGCCCCCCAACGAGAGCCACAACGGGGGGAUCCACUCUGCCAAAUCCCCCGGAAGAUCACCAGCWCCGAUGGAUCAGCCAUGCUGUCGAGCGCUCUACGACUUCGAGCCGGAGAACGAAGGCGAGCUGGGCUUCAAGGAAGGCGACAUCAUCACCCUGACCAAUCAGAUCGAUGAAAACUGGUACGAGGGCAUGAUCAACGGCCAGUCGGGGUUCUUCCCCAUCAACUACGUGGAUAUCCUGGUGCCGCUCCCGCAUUAAUUUCCACCAGCUGCUCGAUGCUUGUCCCGUCUCGACCAAUUCAGACACCCGGAAAACAGCCUGUAUUUGCAGAAACAACRAACCACACCCUCUUUCUACUUCUUCUUCUGUGCUUCUGUGUGAUUCUGCUUUCACGAAAACGGACCWAAAUCGAGAGUGGCUCCGGACAACACAAGACUUUAUAGAGCUAGAAGGAGCAGAGGAGGGUUGUGAAGCGAGAGACACGGUAAGAAGGACUGAGAGAAACGAGAAGAUGACCAGGUGAUCGUGUUUCGGAGCCUGGUGCUCAGCCUGGCAGCCCUGGACACCGACGAGGCUCUGCAGACUUCAAAACAAGGCACAGUGUUUACGUAUGUAUGUGCAUGUCUGUACKUGUGUUUCAGCCUGUUCGUACUCUUAUAAUGAAGCCAACACAUUCCUGCUUGACACACAGAUGAUGGCUUUCUUCUUACUUCCUCUUGAGGUUUCUGUCUUUUCUACCUUGCCUUUUUGUGCUUUCCUUCGUUCCUACAUUUUUCAGCAACCGUCACAGUUGGCCCUACUUUCUAUCCGCCUCUGUCCUUUCUUUCUACCGUUUGUUGGCUAGCACUGCCUUUUAGCAUGGCUCCAUACUCUACAGAGACGACCGUCUCAUAUUCCAGAGCUACAGGUGGCCGUCGGACCUCCCUGUUAUUGAGAAUAUCUUGUCUUCGUUCUAGCUCUUCUUGUUACGAACUCUGCUUUUCACAGAGUGUGCGUACGAUUUCAGUUCAGUGGUUGGAUGCAUGACAUGGCCACAUUAAAGGUGAUUAGACGCCAGGGACAUUAAGCUUUCAGGAGYGUGUCUGGAAUCAAGCUGUACUUGUAAUAAGUUGUUUUCCAGGGUGAAGUCACUUGUUUUGAACCCUUUUUUAUUGAACUGAAYGUUUAAGAGGGGUUUAAAAGCUUGUUGUGUGCCCCACAACCAUCAGCUAGAACAAAAAGCAAACAGCAGUUUGAGUACACAAUGAGGUAAAGAAACUAAUUUAAGAUGGUAUAUGUUCACAGUUUGAAGAGUGCRAAGUGGAUAGCAGUUGGAUGAUUUACAAAUAUUUUAACAACCUUUUCUGUUACAACACUAAUAAGAACCUGUUUUUAUGCUUUAUUGAUCACUGCCAUUCACAGUUUGAAAGAUCCCAUCAAAAACAAAUUCAACAAAUGUUGAUGUUUUUAUACGAAAUCGAUUAAAAAAAAU